AUGGAUCCUCUCAGCAUAACUGGAUCUACAAUUGCCAUUAUUCAGUCGCUGGUGGUUGCAUACGAAGCAUUGAAGCACGUCAAGGGCCUCCCAAAAGCGUUUAAAGAGGUGGGACAAAGCCUACCACUUGUAAAUGAAACCUUGGAACUUGCACAGAGAGCCCUAGAAACAGAUGCUCCGAAAGACUCGGACAAGCAGGCGAUUGAGCCCGUCCUUAAGAGCUGCAAAAAGAGAGCCACUAUAAUUAGAGACAUCUUCGUUGAGAUUGAGAAGGGUAAGAAGAAGGAAAAUGACGGAAAGGACUGGAACGUGAUCGUCCGGUUUUACAAGGACAAGGUUGCUCCAUUGGGUAAAGCACACAAGGUUGAGACCCUGAUGAAAGAGAUCCUCGACAAGUUGAAAAUGUUAGCCAUUCACCAAGUCUUUAAGGCCCAUGCAGAUUUGCAAGGGCAAGUUGGGAAACUGGAAAACGCCAUCAAGGCGUUGUCGGAAGUGGAACCAUCCCUACCAGAUUCCGAUUUCCACGAUUCUGCCAUGACCAACAUCCAGAGCAACUAUGAUAACGCAAGAGGGCUCCAGGCACCGGGGAAUAUGGGUGAAAUUACAAUGGGGAACACAAAUAAUUUCUCCUCAGCUGGCGGAGCCAUGAACUUUGGUACGGAUUUCCUGAAAUAA